ACCCACCCUCCGCGCGCGCUCCGAUUGGCUUUCCCGACCUAGGGGGAGGGAUAUGGCGAACGCAGCUGCCCCCGACGCGGCUGCAGUUUUCAAACCUCAACUGUAAGCCUCGGUCGCCCGUCUCCGCUGCCGUUGCCGGGAAUCACCUCACCGAGAGCCCGGUCACAACUGUCGGCCCUUUUCUGGAAAAGUAAAAGUGGAGCUCCCUGGCGCCUCGCCCGGCUGAAGCUAGAGAACUCGUCCUGUGGCGGUCCCCGGCGUGGGGCGGGACAGCAGCCCCCCUCGGAGGGGGCAGCCCCGGGAGAACCUGAGGCGGCCGGAGCGGUAAAAAUAAGUGACUAAAGAAGCAUACCUGGGAAUCACCUAACAUGUCAAGGAGGAGAUUUGAUUGCCGAAGUAUUUCAGGCCUGCUAACCACAACUCCUCAAACUCCAAUGAAAAUGGAAAACUUUAAUAAUUUCUAUACACUUACAUCUAAAGAGCUAGGGAGAGGAAAAUUUGCUGUGGUUAGACAAUGUAUAUCAAAAUCUACUGGCCAAGAAUAUGCUGCAAAAUUUCUAAAAAAGAGAAGAAGAGGACAGGAUUGUCGAGCAGAGAUUUUACAUGAGAUUGCUGUGCUUGAACUGGCAAAGUCCUGUCCCCGUGUUAUUAAUCUUCAUGAGGUCUAUGAAAAUACAAGUGAAAUCAUUUUGAUAUUGGAAUAUGCUGCAGGUGGAGAAAUUUUCAACCUGUGUUUACCUGAGUUGGCUGAAAUGGUUUCUGAAAAUGAUGUUAUCAGACUCAUUAAACAGAUACUUGAAGGGGUUUAUUAUCUACAUCAGAAUAACAUCGUACACCUUGAUUUAAAGCCACAGAAUAUAUUACUGAGCAGCAUAUACCCUCUCGGGGACAUUAAAAUAGUAGAUUUUGGAAUGUCUCGAAAAAUAGGGAAUGCAUGUGAACUUCGGGAAAUCAUGGGAACACCAGAAUAUUUAGCUCCAGAAAUCCUGAACUAUGAUCCCAUUACCACAGCAACAGAUAUGUGGAAUAUUGGUAUAAUAACAUAUAUGUUGUUAACUCACACAUCACCAUUUGUGGGAGAAGAUAAUCAAGAAACAUACCUCAAUAUUUCUCAAGUUAAUGUAGAUUAUUCAGAAGAAACUUUUUCAUCAGUUUCACAGCUGGCCACAGACUUCAUUCAGAGCCUUUUAGUAAAAAAUCCAGAGAAAAGACCAACAGCCGAAACAUGCCUUUCUCAUUCUUGGCUACAGCAGUGGGACUUUGAAAACUCGUUUCACCCUGAAGAAACUUCCAGUUCCUCUCAAAUUCAGGAUCAUACUAUAAGGUCCUCUGAAGACAAGACUUCUAAAUCCUCCUGUAAUGGAACCUGUGGUAACAGAGAAGAUAAAGAGAAUAUCCCAGAGGAUAGCAGCAUGGUUUCCAAAAGAUUUCGUUUCGAUGACUCAUUGCCCAAUCCCCAUGAACUUGUUUCAGAUUUGCUCUGUUAGCACUUUUCUCUUUGACUUAAUUGGACUGAAUUUGAAAUUUUAUAUUCACUCCAAUGAGAUUAUGGUUUGUAGCUUCAUAUAUGACAUGUUUAUAUUGUAAAUGCACUUUUGCAUAGGAUAAUUUAGGGACGUGUUUUAAUGUUAAGUUACUAGUCACUAGCAUAUUAUGAUUUCCUAUUCUGAGAUAGCUCUGCAAAGAAGAAAAUAUUUAAAUAUAUGAAAAAAGUAAAAUUGGACAUGUAUGUGAGUUUAUAUGUUAAUGAAAUAAUUCAAGUUCAAAUGAACUUAUCAAAAUGUUUUGCAUAUCAACAAAAAAAGUGGCUUGGGUUAUAUUAUGGUUGGUAUAAACUUAAGACAAUGAAAACAUUGGAAUUUAAUGGGUUCUCUCUCUCUAAGGUGACUGCUAUAUCAUGCCUCUAUCAACAUAAUUUGUUUAUGAAAGCAAUAUGAAGUUUAAGCCAAAAUGCAUACUUUCUACUUUAUAGAUGCUCAAGAGAUGUUUUACAGUUGAAAAUGUUUUUUCUUUUCUUUUCUUUUUCAGACAGAGUCUCACUCUGUCGCCCAGGCUGGAGUGCAGUGGCGUGAUCUCAGUUCACUGCAACCUCUACUUCCUGGGUUCAAGCGAUCUCCUGCCUUAGCUUCCUGAAUAGCUGGGACUACAGGUGCACACCACUGUGCCCAACUAAUUUUUGUAUUUCUCAUAGAGAUGGGGUUUCACCAUGUUGGCCAGGCUGGUCUCAAACAUCUGACCUUGUUAUCUGCCUGUCUCGGCCUCCCGAGGUGCUGGCCCACCACACCCGGCCCUGAAAUGUUGUUCAAUUACAAAUAGUUUGAAACUGCAUAAGAUUUUCAUUCUUUAGGGUCUGCUAUAUGAGAGAGAUCCUUUAAUGAGAGCAAAGAGGGAGCUAGAAACCUGAUCAGGAAUAUUCCUUACAAGUUGAAGCAGAGAAAAGAGUAGCAUGGCUUCAGUUUUUAACUCAAAUGUCUUUUUCCUCCUCUCAACUUACUUGAAAUCUGAUAAGCUCUAGAAGAUGGAGAUAGUCGGUAUGCAAGUGUAGAGGAUUUUUUUAAUACUCCAGAAUUUCUAGAAUAGAAGAUACUAUAGGUAAAGUUAAAUAUUCUCUAUUUUUGGUCAAACAUAUUUAUUAACUGACUAUAGAAGAAAAAUGUUGACACACUCAGACAGCUUACUGAAUUUUAGAUGUCUUCUACAUCUUAGAAUACAAGCCAGUCAUUCAGAUUUCUAAAAGUAUGCAUAAAAAAUUACAGCACCAGUAGGACUGUUAACACAAUGCCCAAGUUAGCAGUGGCAAGGCUGAUAUGAUCAUAAAACAUGACAUCAGGCUCAUCUGAAGUUGUUGUGUGAAAUUCCUAGUGAGUGAGGAGGCUCAGGUUAGAGUGUCCCCUCAUUGUGGUCUUUUGCUGGGACCAAUGCAAGAAAGAGACUAGGGAGAGCAAAAUGUUUGCUUAUGGCCAGUGACUAUGUCCAGCCCUAAUGGUGGGGAAAGUUAGUCCUUUUUGGGUAAUCUUUUAUGAAAUUUCACCUGAUAACCGUUAAGUUAUAUUGGUCUAUUAUUAUGUUAAGAUAACUGUGAUCUCAUGACCAUGUUGCUGUAUCAAAAGAAGCUAUUUUGACAAUCAGUAACAACAACCUGGUGUUCCUCCUUUGAACCUUUAAUAUCUCAAAGUUUUGGUAAGACUCCAAAUUCUUUAAUAAUAACUUAAAACAGUUUUGAAUAACUGUCAGGUCAACUUAUUUGACUACAUGGUGAAUUCAUUUAAUAUCUUCGGCAUUUGUUAAGGAAAAGUUUUUUCUACUGUGUGUAUAUGUGCACAUGUGUGUAUGUAUCGGUGUGUGUAUAUAUCUAUAGAUAGACACAAUAUAUUCUUUAGACAGUUAAGAUUCUUUGCUGUGGUAUAUUGUGCUCAACUCAAGUGCCAAAGGAGAGCUCUCUUUUUUUUUUUUUUUUUUUUUUUUUGAGAUGGAGUUUCGCUCUGUUACCCAGGCUGGAGUCCAGUGGUGUGAUCUUGGCUCACCGCAACCUCCCCCUCCUGCAUUGAAGCGAUUCUCCUACCUCAGCCUCCUGAGUAGCUGGAAUUACAGGUACGUGCCACUGUGCCUGGCUAAUUUUUGUAUUUUUAGUAGAUAUGGGGUUUCACCAUGUUGACCAGGCUGGUCACGACUCCGGACCUCAAGUGAUCCUCCCACCUCGGCCCCUCAAAGUGUUGGAAUUACAGGCAUUAGCCACCAGGCCCAGCCCAGGAGUUCUCUUCUUAUGACAUAUACAGAUAAAUUCCUUAAGUAGUUUUUUGGUCAAUAAACCAGAUAUUGUAGAAUCUAAAUUGAGCUCUUAUAUAUCCAAAACUGAUAAGUUGUUUCUAAAUUGUCAGUUGUCCAUUUGCUUGCCUUUGGUAUUAAGAUAAUGCAAGUAAAGCUUAGUAAGUCAUUGGAUAAUGAGGAAAUGAUUAUGUUUCUGAAGACCAUAUUUUUAAUUUUUAGAGAAAUUUUAAAAUUAUAAGCUCAUUUGUAAAAAGUUGUUAUACCAACUUUCUCUGAAAAUUUUAAAAUACAGAGUUAGUUAAUAGAGUUAGAGUUAAUAGAAUACAGAGUUAGAAAUUUCCAUGCCUUUUUUCCUAAUAUUAAGUUUUAUAGUUAAAAAAAGCAACUAGUGGUUGCACAAAGCAUAUAAAAAUCCAAUCUUUUUACAAAGGUGAAUUUAAAUAAUUUUAUUGAUUGGAAUAUGAAAAUAAACCAAUCUUUUAAGAGCUUUUUAGCAAAUGACUCAAUUCUUACUCUUUGUCUCCAAAGGUUGAAAAGCAUGAUGUAUUUCUCUAAAGUAGGAAUCUAGAGAGCCCCUAUGAGUGGACAGAAGUAACACUUGAACACAUGUGAAAAUAAGUGUUAUAUUGUGAUAUUUUAAAGUUUAAUUUGCUUUUUGGAUAGGAUUCCUAGAUAGAUGGGAUUUUUAAAUAGAUGAUAUAUAGAUGACAAUUAAAAUUGUCAUUUUAUUUUCCCUGCAGUAAAGAAUGUAAAUCUGAGCAGUGAAAUUGUAAUGGCACUUUAAAAGAAGUAAGCCAUUAACUAUUCUCUAGUCCAGCAAUCCCCCAACCUUUUUGGCACUAGGGGUGGAUUUUGCGGAAGAAAAUUUUUCCACAGGACUUAGGGGUAGGGCGAUGGUUUCAGGAUGAUUCAAGCACAUUAUGUUUAUCAUUAGAUUCUCAUAAGGAGCAUGCAACCUAGAUCCCUUGUAUGUGUGAUUCCAAUAGGAUUUGAGCUCCUAUGAGAAUUGAAUACCAUGGCUGAUCUAACAGGAAGCAGAGCUCAGGCAGUAAUGCUUGGCACCUCCCCUACCCCCCACUCCUUCUGUACAGACUGGAUGUGGCCUGGGGUUUGGGGACCCCUGCUGUAGUCGUAAUGAGAUAAGGUGCUUGUGCCAGAAUAUAAAUCAACACAUUGCUUCCUUUAUCAAAGAAGUCUUGUUAUUUAAAAAAAAGUCAGCUGAGCCACUACAAUUCGUGAUGUAAUUGAUUUUCAUUCUGGCACAAGCCUCUUUCAUUCUGGACAGGUCACAGAUAGUUAAUGGGCCAUACUUUGAAUAGCUUUCUCUAAGCAACAUUUAUAAAUAUUGAUAUUUAUAACUGUUUACAUUUCUUGUGUUUAUUUUUGAAUUUUCAGUUUGAUAUCUGAGUUGAUAGCAUACUUAUUCAUUGUUGUAUAAACACCUGUAAUUGCAAGUAGUAUUAAAAUUACCUGACUUCAGUUUGGGGGGAUUAUUAUCAAUUUAUAAUUUUAUAAAAGUAUUUUAAAGAACAGUAAUUGUAAAUUGUACAUAAAUUAUUUCCUUGCCAUCUUUUAUUAAAUAAUAAUGCUUAAGGCAUAUAGACAGACAUUAUUAUCAGUACUCUAGUAAACAAACUACAUCAACUUAAUCAUUCUGGCUAAAAAUUAAGCACUUUUUAACAUCUGUGGUUGUCAUUUGUUUUGAAGCAUUUCUAAAUUUAUUGUUCUUAAAAGUGUGUCUAGAUGUUCUGGCCUUUGAUCUAGGUCAUCUUUGAACCACUUUUGUGUCUAAUAAACAUAUUUAUAAAGGCAUAUAAA